AUGGGUGGUGAUGCAGGCCUUGGAUUCGGCGCAGCAGCCAUUGCCGUCGUCUGCUUUGGUUCUAACUUUGUACCUGUGAAGAAGUUCCAGACUGGCGAUGGCAUGUUCUUCCAAUGGGUCAUGUGCGCGGCCAUCUUCUGUGCUGGUGUCUGCGUCAACGCUGUCCGCGAGUCGCCCGAGUUCCACUACUUGGCAAUGCUCGGCGGCUUCUUGUGGUGUACAGGCAAUCUGUUCUCGGUCUUUGUCAUCCGCGCGGUCGGUCUCGGGCUCGGACUCUGCCUCUGGGGCUCGACCAACCUGAUCAUGGGCUGGGCCUCCGGCAAGUUUGGCCUGUUCGGCCUCGACAAGGAGCCGAUUGCCAACCCGGGCCUCAAUCUAGUCGGCGUUCUCGUUGCGGUCUGCGCCACCCUCGCGUUUGCGGCGGUCAAGCCCGACCUGUCGUCAGACGACGAAUCACGGAGCCGCGAGUCACGGGGCUCAGGCAACGUGCUGGCGACGGUGGCCGGGCGUGGCUCGGGCGUGGCGCCUGCCGUCGGCGGCCAGAAACGGAUCAACGCGGCGUCGCCCGAGACGGCACUGCUGGCCGGCGUUGCCGACCCGAGCGCAUCGCCGUCGGCGGCGUACUACAAUGUGGAUGAAGAGGCGCUGUUCGGGUCACCGCGGCCCGGGAUGGCAGCUGGCGACGGCGACGAGCGCGACGUCAUCGACGCCAUGGACCCGUUUCUCCGGCGCGCGCUCGGCAUUGCCGCCGCGCUCCUCGCCGGCACCAUGUUUGGUGUCAACUUUGACCCGCCCAUCUGGCUCAUCGACCACAACAAGGGCUCCAGCAAUGCGGUCGACUACGUCUUUGCCCACUUUACCGGCAUCUUUGUCACCUCGACGGUGUACUUUCUCGCGUACUGUGCGUACAUGAGCAACGCGCCGGUGAUCAACCCCAAGCUCGUCCUCCCGGCCUUUGCCUCGGGCCUCAUCUGGGCCAUGGCCGACAUCUCGUGGUUUGUGGCCAACACCCAGCUCUCGCUUGUUGUCGCCUUUCCCAUCGUCACCACCGGGCCCGGCAUCGUGGCCUCGCUCUGGGGUGUGUGCGUGUUCAAGGAGAUCCGCGGAACCCGCAACUUUGCCAUUCUGGGCGCAGCCUUUCUCCUUACCAUCAUCUCGGUCACCCUCAUCACCCUCUCGCGCAAUUGAACACGCACCGAGAGCCGCC